CCCGACGCGGCCUCUCUGCAACGGCCACAUUCUCGAUGGUAGAACGCAACCCUUCUCGGACGGAGCCUCAUCCAGUCAACACCGGCGCUACAACACUUGGGCUUGAUGCAUCACCUCGAACUUCGCUGACGACGACGUCCACGACCAUUUCGACCAAACAUCCAUCCACCGCCUCAGCCUCUCUUCCUGAGCAGCCCCAGCCAGGAUGCCCUCCGAACAGGCUUGUUGGCCAAGCUCCGACAACACCGAACUUCAACGUCGCCCCCCACGAUGACUCAAGGCUCUUGACCAACCUUCUGCCAAACGAACCUUCCACACCUCUGCAAAGGCCUCCUGCCCUCAGCGUCCGCACGGACUUUGGAGACACAAGAAUCAUGGCUCCGGGCAGCCAACCGGACCUCGAUGCCCCUCUUCGAGCCAGUCUAUCGUCCACCAGCUUGCCCCACAGAACGUCGAGCUUGCGCGCUGCUCUGGCUGCUCCACACUCCAGUACAGGAUCUCUCUCUCCAGGUUCGAUCUUCUCAUCGCCGCAGCUCGCCGCUCUGACAGACAUCACCCCGCUGCCAUCACCUAUCCAAGGCAACUCGCCUUGGAGAUGCGGUAGUUAUCAGUCGCUCCCAAGAUCUCCGUCAACAGCAUCAUAUCGGGGCUCCACCUUCAGUCUGAAAUCGCUAGAUCCGACCAGACCGCCGAGAUCUUCAUCUGGCCAACGUCGAGGUUAUGAUACCGCUCCGGGUGGUCAGGACCAAACACCUGCCGAAAAGGAAGUCCAUAUAAGAGUACCGCAAAACGGCCAUGCGCGCAACCGGAGUCUUAGCGAGUAUGUCCCGCCUGCUCUGCACGUUCCAGCAGUUCUAAAGUCUCCUUCGAAUAGCUCAAAUGGCGUUAGCUGUGUUUCACCUUCUCCUCGACGGACUGUGCAAAACAAGCUUCACCGUGAAGAGUACCUAGCCGUUCAACGUGGCUUAACGAUUCCCCAUGCGCACCCUCCAAGUCCACCCAGCACACGUCGUGGUGAAGAGAGUAGCGAAAACGGGAUGGCCCCGGGUUCACUCGGGCCCAGUCUCUCCUCAGCUCAGGUGUACAACGUCAAGUCAGUCAGAACGCAGCAGCCCCGAAGGUAUCGAAUGAUUCGUCAACUGGGACAGGGUACGUUCAGUCAGGUCGUGCUUGCUGUCCGAGAGGGACUCCCAAAUGUGGAGUUCAACGGAACUCACGAUAUCCCCGCUCAGCCCCGGUUGGUCGCGGUAAAAGUAGUCGAGUAUGGUCCUGCGGGCGGGGCUGAUGAGGAGAGAGUCGAAGUGUCUUUGAAACGAGAAGUUGACAUUCUCAAAUCCAUCCAUCACCCUUCGAUUACUCAACUCAAGGCUUUUGGUAGUGAACAAAAGAGGGCUCUCCUAGUGCUGGAUUAUUGUCCCGGGGGCGACCUGUUUGAGUUCGCCAGCCAGGCGCCAAAAGCCUUAUCACCCCCGCUGAUACGGAGGAUAUUUGCGGAACUGGUGGCUGCUGUGCGAUAUUUACACCAAAACCAGAUCGUUCAUCGUGACAUCAAGCUCGAGAAUGUACUCAUUAACGUCCCCACCGCAGUGAUGCAGGACAUCGGUGAAUGGGAAAGUUACCCGCGAUCUAUCGUCACUCUAACGGACUUGGGCCUAUCCCGGCGCAUUCCACAACCGCCGGAGAGUCCUUUGCUCCACACACGGUGUGGAUCAGAGGAUUACGCCGCCCCAGAAAUUCUCAUGGGCCAGCCGUACGACGGUCGAUCCACGGAUGGUUGGGCUCUCGGAGUCCUUCUCUACGCUAUCGUUGAGAAUAGGCUUCCGUUCGACCCCCUGCCUGGUACUCGCGGCGACCCCGCUAAAUUGCGCGCUCGUACUCCGCAUCGUAUCGCGCGAUGUGAGUGGAGCUGGUAUCGAUAUGGCGAUGAUGAUGGAGAAUGGGAUCCUGCGAAAGGAGCCGCACUGGACGGUGCGCAGCUCUGUGUGCAGGGCCUGCUGAAGCGGAGUAGUCGACGGAUGCAACUAGAUGAUAUUGCGAAAACUGAAUGGGUUAGCAAAGCGAUUAAGGUCCCCGGAGGGUUGAAAAGAGGAGACAUCGAAGGCCCUUGA